CCUAUGCGCGCUCUCGUCACUGCUGAGCCGACCCAUCGCCCGUCCCUCGUCCAACGAUCGAACAUGAUUCAUCUCCCAGCGAACGCAGCCUUGUCCCGGGCCCGCAUUCCCCCGCUUUGUACGUGAGCCACCGGCAUGCCAGCGCCCCGGCCGCCCUCUUCCAGGCCAAUACAGACCCCCGGCUCAAGAUCAGGAUGUACUUCAACCGGCGAUCGAAGAAGAUCCACAGCGAGGGAGUUAGUGUUGACUCUCAUUAGGCAGGAGAAGUCUCCUGACCACCUGGACCCAGAGCUGGGCGUCGGCGUGGCCGCCAUGCGCUCCCGACUCGCUAACAGGUUUGAAAAAACCUCGCCUCUCUCCCAUCAAUCGAACGGUGCAGGAACCUCUUGUUCAUCCGCCGGCUACCGCAAGGCAGAUGAUGAGAUGUCCGGGACUACUUCGCAGGCAGAUCCCAUAGAUGCUACGGCGCGGACGAUUCUGCUAAACCAACCUCAGAACACCAAGUUCUGUGACAACCAUGUCAGUACCACUAAGUACGGGGUGUUUACCUUCCUGCCUCGUUUCCUGUACGAGCAGAUCCGCCGCGCUGCCAACGCCUUCUUCCUCUUCAUCGCCCUAAUGCAGCAAAUCCCUGAUGUGUCUCCUACGGGUCGUUACACCACCCUGGUACCACUCAUCUUCAUCCUCACUGUGGCCGGGAUCAAAGAGAUCAUAGAGGACUAUCAAAGACACAAGGCAGACAACACAGUCAACAAUAAAAAGACCACAGUUCUGAGGAAUGGAGCCUGGCAGACCGUCAUAUGGAAACAGGUGGCAGUAGGAGACAUAGUGAAGGUGACCAAUGGGCAGCAUCUUCCAGCUGACAUGGUCAUAGUGUCCUCCAGUGAGCCUCAGGCCAUGUGUUACACUGAGACCUCCAACCUGGACGGAGAAACCAACCUGAAGAUCAGACAGGGUCUCACUCACACAGCUGGUCUCCAGUCUCUGGAGGAGCUGAUGGGUCUCUCUGGCCGUCUGGAGUGUGAAGAGCCCAACCGACACCUGUAUGACUUCACUGGGACCCUACGGCUGGACAACCACAAUGCGGUUCCUCUUGGUCCUGACCAGGUGCUACUGAGAGGUGCCCAGCUCAGAAACACACAAUGGGUUGUAGGAAUUAUAGUCUACACUGGACAUGACUCCAAACUGAUGCAGAACUCGACCAAGGCCCCUCUGAAGCGUUCUAACGUGGAGCGGGUGACCAAUGUCCAGAUCCUGGUGCUGUUCUGCAUCCUCCUGGUGAUGGCGCUAGUGAGCUCUAUAGGAGCCUCCAUCUGGAACAAACAACACACUGAGGAGGCCUGCUGGUACCUGUCACGCGCCGGGGACAUCUCCACUAACUUUUGGUAUAACCUGCUGACCUUCAUCAUCCUCUACAACAACCUCAUCCCCAUCAGCCUGCUGGUCACUCUGGAGGUGGUCAAGUUCACACAGGCCCUCUUCAUCAACUGGGAUGAGGAGAUGUACUACUCUGAGACAGACACACCCGCCAUGGCUCGAACGUCCAAUCUCAACGAAGAACUGGGCCAGGUGAAGUAUCUGUUUUCUGAUAAGACAGGAACUCUCACCUGUAAUGUCAUGCACUUCAAGAAGUGUACCAUCGCUGGAAUCACAUACGGCCACUUCCCUGACCUGGAUGUUGAUCGUUCCAUGGAGGACUUCAGUCCCCUGCCGUCCAGCAGUCUUAACUCCACAGAGUUUGAUGACCCCGCUCUCAUCCAGAACAUUGAGAAGAACCAUCCAACCUCUGCCCAAAUCUGUGAGUUUCUGACGAUGAUGGCGGUGUGUCACACAGUGGUCCCAGAGAGAGAGGAGGACCAGCUUAUCUACCAGGCCUCCUCGCCAGAUGAAGGAGCUCUGGUAAAAGGAGCCAAAGGUCUGGGCUUCGUUUUCACAGCAAGGACUCCUGGCUCCGUUAUCAUGGAAGCUAGGGGGAAGGAGAAGAGCUUUGAGUUGCUGAAUGUGCUGGAGUUUUCAAGUAACCGUAAGCGCAUGUCUGUAGUGGUCCGAACCCCCGAUGGAAAACUGCGUCUGUACUGCAAGGGAGCAGAUAAUGUGAUCUUUGAGCGUCUCACUGAUGCGUCUCAGUACAAAGAGCUGACCAUCGCACACCUGGAACAGUUCGCCACCGAGGGUCUGCGGACUCUGUGUUUUGCCUAUGUUGAUCUGGAGGAGGGGGUAUACCAGGAGUGGCUGAAGGAGUACACCCGUAUAAGCACUAUCAUUAAAGACCGGGCCCAGAAACUAGAGGACUGCUACGAACUACUGGAGAAGGACCUGUUGUUGUUGGGGGCCACAGCUAUAGAGGACCGUCUCCAGGCAGGGGUCCCUGAGACCAUCGCUACUCUGAUGAAGGCCGACAUCAAGAUAUGGGUCCUCACUGGAGACAAACAGGAGACCGCCAUCAACAUAGGUUACUCCUGUCGUCUAGUUUCCCAUGGCAUGUCCCUCAUCAUCGUCAACGAGGAUUCACUGGAUGCUACACGUGCCACCCUGACAGCCCACUGUACAUCUCUGGGUGACUCUCUGGGGAAGGAGAAUGAGUUGGCUCUGAUCAUCGAUGGACAGACUCUAAAAUACGCCCUGUCCUUCGAGCUCCGCCAAGCCUUCCUAGACCUCGCCCUGUCCUGCAAGGCUGUCAUCUGCUGCCGGGUGUCUCCCCUCCAGAAGUCCGAGAUCGUGGACAUGGUGAAGAAGCAUGUAAAGGCCAUCACUCUGGCCAUAGGAGACGGGGCCAACGAUGUGGGCAUGAUCCAGACUGCCCAUGUGGGGGUUGGCAUCAGUGGCAACGAGGGCAUGCAGGCCACCAACUCCUCUGACUACUCCAUAGCACAGUUUUCCUACCUAGAGAAGCUGUUGCUGGUCCAUGGGGCGUGGAGUUAUAACCGUGUCACUAAGUGUAUCCUCUACUGUUUCUAUAAGAAUGUGGUGCUCUACAUUAUAGAGCUGUGGUUUGCCUUUGUGAACGGCUUCUCUGGACAGAUCCUGUUUGAACGCUGGUGUAUCGGCCUCUACAACGUGAUCUUCACAGCGCUGCCUCCCUUCACUCUGGGGAUCUUUGACCGGCCAUGCAGUCAGCAGAACAUGCUACGCUUCCCCCAGCUAUACAGGAUCACCCAGAAUGCUGAGGGCUUCAACACCAAGGUGUUUUGGGGUCACUGUAUAAAUGCUCUGAUCCAUUCCAUUAUUCUCUUCUGGUUUCCACUCAAGGUACUAGAACAUGACAGUCCUUUCAACAACGGUCAUGGAACUGACUACCUGUUUGUGGGGAACAUGGUGUACACGUAUGUAGUAGUAACAGUGUGUUUAAAAGCUGGUAUGGAAACCACUGCGUGGACCAGGUUCUCCCACUUGGCAGUGUGGGGCAGUAUGAUUCUCUGGAUGCUGUUCUUCAAUGUCUACUCAGCUUUCUGGCCGGCCAUCCCCAUCGCUCCUGACAUGCAGGGCCAGGCUAGCAGAGUGAUGCAGUGCUGGCACUUCUGGCUGGGGCUAGUCCUGGUGCCAGCAGCCUGUCUACUCAAAGACUUUGCCUGGAACGCGGGUCGUCGCACUGUGAAGAAGUCUCUUCUGGAAGAGGUUCAGGAGCUGGAGGCCAGGGCUGUAGACCCCGGGGCUGCCGUGCUCCGAGACGCCAGCGGGCGCAGUCUGAACGAGCGUGCCCACCUGUUGACCCGGGUCUUUAGGAAAACACCCUCCAACGUGGGCCGCAAAAACUCUGUGCAGCAGAGCAACGUGUCUCAUGGCUAUGCCUUCUCCCAGGAGGAACAUGGGGUGGUGUCUCAGUCACAGGUGUGUCGAUCCUACGAUACCACCCGCCAACGGCCCAGCAUCUAGCCCCUCCCACUGCCCCGCCGCCCCACCCUCAGCCCACCUGGCUACGGGGCGCUUGGCAACAGUUACCGAGGUGGCCACAACGGUUGCCAAGGCGACAGCGGAGACAGACUAUGCUGAGUGACCGACCCUGCUGUGGCCUUACUGGAACUUAUACUGACUUUGACCUCUGACCUUGACCCCUGGAGAUCAUUGCUAAGCAUGGAGUCCCGUCUAUACUGUCCAACCUGGUCUCCGCUCCACACACACACACACACACACACACACACACACACACACACACACACACACACACACACACACACACACACACACA